AUGGCUGGGAAAAAGGAGACGGCUCCUUCGAAGAAAUCUGAAAAUAAGGUCAAGGCCAAAAUCAUUGAAGACAAGACAUUUGGUCUGAAAAACAAAAACAAGUCUUCAAAGGUUGGAAAGUAUGUUGCCCAAGUGGAGGCGCAGGUCAUGUCUGCGGGCUCGCGAAAGGCCCAAAAAGAAGAGGAAGCCCGUCAACUUGCCAGGAAACUCAAGAAGGAAGAAGAUGAAAAGAUCAAAAUGGAAGCAUCUUUACUGGCAAAACCAAUUAUUGUCCAGCCAAAAGUUCCAUUUGGCGUUGAUCCGAAAAGUGUUCUAUGUGCCUUCUUCAAGGCCGGCCAAUGUACCAAGGGAGACAAAUGCAAAUAUUCGCACGAUCUCAAUGUCGAUAGGAAGUCUGCGAAAAUUGAUUUGUUUUCAGACAUGAGGGACGAAUCUGCGCCCUCUUCUACCAUGGAAGAUUGGGACCAAAAGCAGCUUGAAAAUGUGGUUCACAACCGCCAUGGCCCCGGCAUAAAGACAACAACAGAGAUCGUUUGCAAAUAUUUCAUGGAUGCAAUUGAGCAAAGAAAGUAUGGGUGGUUUUGGCAGUGUCCAAAUGGAGGCGAUUCUUGCAAAUAUCGCCACGCACUUCCUCCUGGGUUCGUCCUGUCCUCGAAAGUAUCACACUCCACUGAUGAUAUCCCUGAAGAAGACAAAAUUUCGCUAGAGGAAUUUUUGGAUCAAGAGAGAUACAAACUUGGGGACAACAUAACCCCAAUUACAGACGAGUCAUUCAAACGAUGGAAGGCGGAACGCAAGGCGAGGCAGCAGGUGGAAGAAAGCGAACGUGCCAAAAAGAAGGAAGCUGAAAUUAAAGCUGGCAGGGUUACGGCGUCUGGAAGGGACAUCUUUACAGCAAAUCCAGAACUCUUCCAAGUGGCUGAUGAAGAGGAUGCCCUUGACGAUGACAUCCUCAAAGAGCGUGCACAUCAGACCGAAGAUGAUCUCAAUUACUGCGACUCGGCGCCUGUUGAUUCGAAUCUCUUCUGCGCCGAAAAUUCGCUUGAUGAUAUUGAUCCAGAGCUGAGCGAGGAUAUGGAGCACCUUGGACUUCAAUAG